CAAAAGAAAUACGAUAAAAAUAUAUUAUAUAAAAACAAACAACAAUGUAAUAAAGCAAACGUAUACAGAACGAUAAAUAAUAUUAAAUGAAUAAUAUCAAUAACAAUUAUAUCAGCACUAACUGAAAACACACAUACGAAGCGAGAAGUGCAUUGAAGCAGAGUGAAAAGUGGUAUAAAGUAGCAAUAGCGAAUCGCUCUCCGACUCCGAGAACAGCGGCGACAGUGGCAACAACUAAAACAAAAACAAACUCAACGCACAAAAACAAAUUUUCAUAUGUGCUCUCUUGUCGAUAUUGGAGCAAAAUUGGAGCGUUCAAUAUUUAAUUGAAUUCAGAGCACAUUACAACGGCAGUGGGCUUGCUGAUUUUAUUUUGAAUUAUACUCUGGCGGUUAGCAGGCGUGCAUGAACAAAGUGACAAACGUCGUGGUUGUUUGUGGUGAAGUGGUGGAACGUUUUUGUUCUUUGAGAACAAGACAGUUACAGUCACGUUGUGUGCAGGAAUGUUAUAACUAUUGAAAAAAUUAAACUUUUCAAUUAUUAAACUGAAGAGUUAGUUGUCCUUUAAACUUUGCAAAAGUGAGAGAAAAUAAAAAAAAACAAUCAUAUUAAAUCAAUCAGAAAUCCGUAAUAGUUUAUUAAUAAUAAAUAAAGGCGAAAGCAAUGGGUGAUUCAAAUGCUUUGGGUUCUAGUACUCGUUUACGUAAAAUUGAACGUACCGAUAGUGAAAUAGCCUGUGAAGAAGCCGCCCGUCUUACAGCUGACAUACAAGAAGGUGUAGGUAGUCCAGAAGACGAUGAUGAUAUUAGUGACUACGGUGAAUUGCCACCUCCUCCAGAUGGUGGCUAUGGCUGGGUCAUUUGUUUUGCCUCAUUUAUGUGUAACAUGAUAGUGGAUGGCAUUGCAUAUACAUUUGGUAUAUUUUUGGGUGAAUUUGUUGACUACUUCGGAGAAGGCAAAGGCAAAGUGGCUUGGGUAGGCAGUUUAUUGAGUGGAGUGUAUUUAAGUGCGGGUCCGAUCGUUUCUGCUUUAGCAAAUAAAUACGGUUGUCGUACGGUUUGCAUUGCUGGUAGUAUUAUUGGUUGUAUCGCUUUCGUGCUGGCCACUAUAAGUACUUCGGUAAAUAUGCUAAUGAUCACUUAUGGCGUUAUUGGUGGUUUCGGUUUCGGAUGCAUUUAUUUGCCAGCUGUAGUAGCAGUAGGAUACUACUUUGAAACUAAACGUUCGCUUGCCACUGGUAUUGCAGUUUGUGGUUCCGGUUUUGGUACAUUCGCCUUCGCACCACUUGCAACAUAUUUACUACAACAGUAUGGUUGGAAAAAUGCGCUUCUUAUUUUUGCCGGUUUAAUAUUGAAUUGUGCUAUUUUCGGUGCAAUGAUGCGUCCACUGACGUAUCCAAAAAAGAAAAAAAUCAAACCACUAAUGCAGCGUAUGUACGAGGAAAAGCAAUUGCAACUCGAACGUGGAUCCUUCACAGGGUCACAUUUUACUGUACAAUUACCUGAUGGUUCAUUCGAGCGUAAAUUAAAAAUGCCACUUAAUGCCGACCCUGGUGUACAUUCCAGUCUUAACUUGGAAUUGUUAGCACAACAGAGCUCUUUGCAGCCUGUUUCAACACUACCUACAAUUACAGAAGCAAAAGUUGUAGAUUUGCAAAAUGGUAAUCAAAGUCCACCAAAUGUGGACAGUAAUGGUCAACUUGAUGUUAGACGUACUGCAGGCAGACGCACGCAUCGCAACUCAGAAACCGAUACUAGCCCCUACAAUUCAUCUGAUGCCAUGAUACGCAAUGCUUCACAACCUGCUUUUAGUAUUGAUCAACAAAGUCUUCCAAAGAAUGGUUCGGUACCAUCCUUCAGUCGUGUUCGAAAAACAUCCGCUAGCGAACGAUUUCAACCUUCAUUAGCCGCUAUACGUGCAUCAUCUCGUGGUGAUAUCGAUAGCAAUGGUGUUGAAUUAGGUUAUACCUCAUCCAAAAUGUCCUUAUCGCAACGUCCAGAAAGCAGUGGUAAAAUGGUACGCCCAUUAUCACGAAAAGAUAUAUUCUAUUCCGGUUCUGUAACUAAUCUACCGCAAUAUCAAUCACAAAAAUCAUUAACUAAUUAUCGGAAUUCAGUGCUCUCUUUGACGAAAUACGAAAAGAGUAUGCAAAGUGUACGUGUACAUGAUCCCCUAGCCGAAGCUGAAAAGGGACGCGAACAAUACGAUUUAUGUCCAUGUUUAGGUAUACCAGAUUCUAUUAAAGCAGUCUUUAAUACCAUGUUGGAUGUAAGCUUAUUGAAAGAUCCUGUUUUUAUGCUCAUUGGUAUAUCUAACGUUUUCGGCAUGGCUGGAUUGUAUGUGCCAUUUGUAUAUUUGGUUGACGCUGCUAAAAUGGUGGGCAUUGAAGAAAAUUCAGCUUCAUUUUUACUUUCAAUUAUUGGCAUCACUAACACAUUCGGCAGGGUAAUUUGUGGUUAUGUAGCUGAUUUUCCACAGGUAAAUUCCUUAUUCCUAAAUAACAUUUGCUUGCUGAUCUCUACAGUUGCUGUAACGCUAACACCACUUUGCGCCUCAUAUGGUGCUUACGUUACAAUGGCAAUUUUCUUCGGUAUAGCUAUUUCCGGUUAUAUUUCGCUAACGUCAAUUAUUCUCGUCGAUUUACUGGGCCUUGAUAAACUAACAAACGCAUUCGGUUUACUUAUUCUCUUCAGAGGAUUUGCAGCUAUAAUUGGUUCACCAUUAGCUGGAGCAGUCUAUGAUGCAACACAAUCUUACGAUUUACCCUUUUAUAUGGCCGGUGGUUUAUUUGCAUUAUCGACAAUAACUAGCUUUUUAGCACCAUGCCUGAAACGUUGUACAACAACUGAAGAAGUGCCAAUACAUAUAGAUGCACUUGAACCUAUUAACGAAGAGCAAGGAGAGGAGGAGGAUGAAGAGGAUCAACCUAUAACUAUUGUGCCGAAAAUUGUCAAAACAUUACCCAGCCCGCAGCAAGAGGACGGAAAACAGAAGUUUCCAAACGACAUAACAGCUAACGCCGCAGAAUCAAAGCUUUAAAAAUAGAAUACCUCCAUAAGUCAAUAAGCGAAAUUUAGAACUUUAGUAUGCGGGUUUGAAACAACGUUAAGACGAUAGAUAGGAGGAGAAGGAGUACGCAACGCAGAUAGACAAAAUUGUUGUAAGUUUUGCCAGAGCGAUAUUUUUUUUAAAAAACUUUACAAAUUAAUACUUUUACAAAUAUUAAACGCAUAAAAUUACUUAAGCUUAUUAUUUUUAAAACAAAUUAUACAUUAUAAAGAUUUAAUACUAUUAUUCAUAUAGAACAAAAUAGCUUUUUAGCUAAACACUGAACUAAUGUACAUUAAGAAAAAUACCUUAGCUUAGCAAUUUAAACAAAUGAAAAUAAUACAUAAUGC